AUGCUAGCUAAUGGUGGGGUAGCGGACCAGUACGACGAGUAUCUCCGGAUUACAGAGUCCAUCUCGUUGGAGUGCUUACGCAGAUUCUGUCGAGCCAUUAUUCAACUCUUCGGCUUCCUGGGAAUGCUAGGGAGCCUCGAUUGCAUGCAUUGGCUGUGGAAUAAUUGUCCAACGGCAUGGCAAGGCGCAUACACUCGCAGCGAUCAGGGGGAACCGACCAUCAUCCUAGAAGCCGUCGCAUCGCAAGAUCUAUGGAUCUGGCAUGCUUUUUUUGGGACUCCUAGUUCUAACAACGACAUCAACAGUCCUACGAAUCCGACGGAUCCGAAUGGGAAGAGGUUCAAAGUGUUACAGGAAGCGACUUGCAAGGAUAUUGAACAAGCCUUCGGCAUCCUUCAAGCUCGUUGGGCAAUCGUCAAAGGCCCAUCGCGUCUUUGGAGCAAGGAGGAGAUGAGCGACAUCAUGUUCACGUGCAUCAUUUUGCACAACAUGAUGAUCGAAGACGAAGGCGAGCACGCAACACAGUGGGAAGAAGACGCCGACGAAGCUUCGAGUAGCGCCGCAUCUCAACCUCAUGCAGGUGCUUCGCCGGAUUUUCGUGCAUUUGUUGCACGACAAGCAUCCAUGCGAGACGCAGAGAUGCCUGCUCGCCUCACUUUGGACUUGAAGGAGCACAUUUGGUCUCGUUUUGGUCUGAUUGAGCCCUAG